AUGACUUCAAGCUAUAUCAAAUCAAUCCCAGCUCCCGUGGAAUCAAUUCCAAAGUCUGGCCCGGAAUUAAGCACAUAUCUUGCAGAUGUCAUCAAGGAAGCGGACUCGCUUAUGAGCACCCUUGUUUCCCCGCCCAAGAAUCCGUGGAGCUUACAGUUCAAAAAGCAUAAUAAAUUUGUUGAGGUUGAGGUCUCUUCUCGACAUCACCAGAUUAGUGAGGGAACUGAAUACUGGUUUGCUAGACGUAGUAUUCAUGAAGUUGGGGUUGAAGGAGAUACUGUGAAAGAGACUUUACAAUGGGAUGAUUUUAAGGGUCUCCUGUUCCACAACCACUUCGAAAACGAGAGAGAAUACGGUCCUUCGGUUAGCCGUGUCGAUACUCUCGACAUAGAAUGGGAUUUGUCAGGCGUCGCCGUGCCUGGUUGGGAAAUUGUAAAAGUCGGUGGAUAUGCAAUUCAUCACCACCUACCAUGGCCGUUGAAUCCUCGAGUGUUCCCAGUAUUGCUGGUACUAGCUUCAGCAGCCGAUGGAGAGGAGUUCAUGGUUAUCAGUCUCCCCAUAAAGAUACCACCUGAUACUAAGGGCCAGAAUACGGAGACAAGUGAACUAGUCAGCGCAAUCGGUCCAAAGGACACUAUAGGACAAUAUAUCGCUGUUGAGCGAGUUACUUUCCGAGCACCGCAAACCGGUGACGACAAGCCGAGUGUCACCUGGAGCAUGGCGACGGCCAGUGGUAGGUUCCUCAUGAACCAAUCUAUCUCAAAAUGUGAUUAA